GACGACAACCACGACAACCCGGACGACUUUUGCGGGUCAUUUUGACAACCUCUCGACUUGUUUGUGUUGCCCGCUCAGAAUCACCGUCAUAAUGCCUUCCGAACACGGUCACAGACUCUACGUUAAGGGUCGCCACCUGAGCUACCAGCGCUCCAAGCGCGCUGUCAACCCCAACACCAGUCUGAUCAAGAUCGACGGUGUUGACAACACUGAGGCCGCAAACUUCUACCUGGGCAAGAAGGUCGCUUUCGUCUACCGGGCUAAGCGUGAGGUCCGGGGCUCCAACAUCCGGGUGAUCUGGGGCAAGGUCACCCGCCCUCACGGCAACUCCGGCGUUGUCCGCGCACAGUUCCGUCACAACCUUCCCGCAAAGUCCUUCGGUGCUACUGUCCGUGUCAUGCUCUACCCCUCCAACAUCUAAACGCCCCGUUGUUUUUCAUAUAUCCGCGGCACAACUCCGGAAUCUUUGCGCAGACGGUCAGGCAAGGAGUCGGCGGGAUGAGCCCAGGUUGCGAUGGAGUUAGUGGGUUGAUAAUGAUCAUGGGAGAGGCAGGGCCGGACAGCCCAGCCCUACGAGUCUCAAAAUAAAAAGAUAAAAUGGGAUCUCUUGUCUACUGUAACACAUGGUUACUGUUUCAUCUUAAUAGACAUCCAGCCGGCAUGCUUGUUUUUUGACCAGGUGGCCGUGGGUUGUCUUGACGGCAGGGCUCUAGUGUAUUAUUUGACGCUCAUGAACACACAAUCCAGACAAUUCAUCUCGGCU